ACAACGAGACAGCCAAACAAGGUGUUCGUCGUAAGACUCGGCUAUCCGCGGGAGGAGAUGUCUUUCAUUGGCUAGAAAAUUUGUGGUUGGCUGCGUUCUCUAGCCCGGAAUGGUGCGCUAAUGCAACUAAAAGUCACUUACUGAAGGCGACAUGCAGGGCGCGACGGGGGCCGCCCCUCUAAAAAAUGAUUCUCGACAUUUCGAUACAUACUUCUCCACUCCUACCAUAAUCUUCUUGUUGCUUUCAGGUUUCUUUGACUUGAUUAGCGUGAUCAGUGAAGCAGACGACAGACGCCAUGACCGUUGACGAGCAGCAGCCGUUGCUCGCGUCCAUCCCGGAAACUCUGCAGGAUGGCAUCAAGCACACAGGCGUCAUACUAGACUUCGAGGAGGGUGACAUUGAGAACCCCAGAGAAUGGCCGGUGGCAUAUAAGUGGGCAAUGGUGUCACUUCUUGCUUUCACAGCAUUUACAGUAACAUUUACUUGUAUCUCCGUCGUGCCUGUAGCAAACACCAUCGUCGACGAGUUAUCUAACCAUACAGCGGGGCCGUCAGUUUCGGCCCUCUUGGUGACAAUUUGGGAGUUGGGAGAAGCCACCGGCCCGUUCUUGAUUGCACCUCUCAGUGAGAUCUACGGAAGGUACCCGGUCAUGAACGCAUGCAAUAUACUCUUCAUUUCUGCAUCGCUCCUGGCUGCAGUCAGUGAAAGUACCGCAUUGUUCAUUGGCGCCCGAGCUUUGACUGGAGCCGCUGUUGCGACCAACGUUCUCGGGCCUGCUAUCAUUGGGGACAUCUUCGACAACGAAAAACGAGGCUCCGCCAUGAGUCUCCUCAUGUUGGCUCCCCUUCUAGGAGGUGCAAUCGGGCCUGCGUGUGGAGGCAUUAUCGCGCAAACACUCGGGUGGCGCACCGUAUUACUCAUUGCGACUGCUUUGGCGCUGACGUGCGAAAUCGCGUUUGUGACGUGCUUUCGCGAAACGUACAAGAUGGUCAUCUUGAAGCGCAAAGUCAUGCAUAUUCAAGAAGAAGCCAACCAGGAAAUUUCUGGAGCUACUAAAGAUGAAGCCGGACAUAGACUCUGGUACGCGAUCAAACGGCCAUUUACCGUCCUCUUCGGAUCUAGUGUGCUUCUCGCGAUGUCGCUAUUUGGAUCAGUCCUGUUCAGUUACUUCUACGUUUUAAGUACGACGCUGCCUGGCAUUCUUGAAGAUCGAUAUGGAUUCUCGCCAUCUCAAAUCGGCUCGUCAUUUCUUUGUUUCAGCGUCGGCUCGUUCGUCAGUGUUUUGGUGUGUAACUCGAGCCUGGAUCGCAUCUAUAUUCGGCUUCGGGACAGGAGCUCCUCAAAAAAGGGUCGCCCAGAGUAUCGCUUGCCGUUAGCGAUCACUGGCGGAAUUCUCCUGCCAUUUACGGUGCUCGCGUAUGGUUGGAUUGCGCAACUACAAUUGCCUGCAGCGCUCCUUCUGCUCUCUGUGGGCUUAAUGGGCUCCACACUGCUCAUGACCAUGGUUCCGCUCUCCGCAUAUGUAGUUGAUGCGUGUGGGCUGUAUUCUGCUUCAGCACUGACCGGCGUCAUCGUAACAAGAUGUUUAAUGGGGACUUUCCUACCGUUAGCGGCCGGCCCGCUGGCCGAAGAGCUUGGAUACGGGCUGGCUUUUACAUUGUUGAGUUUGCUAAGUCUGGCGCUCGCACCGAUCCCAAUGUUGGUUUUCAGGUAUGGGGAGAGAUGGCGGCAGCGGUCAGAGUUCACGAGAGACGCUUGAACAAGGACACCUGAGAGGGACUCGAAAUAACCUGCAAUGACUGAUGACACCAAGAAGUGCGAAUGUUUGAAAACGAAUCGGUUCUGGAAAUAAUGUCUAAAUGCCACGUUAGAUAUGACUACGCUCAACGUGACGAAAUCGGUUCCCUUAUCUAUAUAUCGACUCCCUUGAUUUGUCCUGCCUAACAAGGCUGACGGGGCGAACACAAGUUACCUGCGGCCACGGAUUGCCUUUGUGAUCUUUGUGUAACACCUGACGAAAUCAAUUCCUCAAUAGCCCCCAAAUUUUCUGUAUGUAAAACCUUCCACCAAAACGCCAGC